UCGCGACAGUGUCGCAAAGCAUACUUGAGUGUUUAGCCCAGAUACUCCAUGGAAACACACGCACGGUUGGAGUUUUGUUUACAUUCUUGGGGAGCCAACAGUUACGGGCAACUGAGCCAGGGACAUGUGGAGGACCAGGCUUUGCCCCGGCUCUCUAACAUUGCUGCCCUACAAAACAGCCCAGUCCGGGCUGUCAGCGGCGGUGGGGGACACUCCGUAGUUAUUACCGAGAGUGGCCAGGUGUUUGUGUGUGGACAGAAUAACAGAGGCCAGCUGGGACUUGGCCACAGUGGAGACAUCGCAACUCUUCAGCACUGCCCCAUCCUGAAUCAGAGAGUCACAGACAUCGCCUGUGGUUGGGAUUUUACCCUUCUUCUCACUGACGGUGGGCAACUAUUAGCAUGUGGUUCCAAUGCAUUUGGGCAACUGGGUGUUGGACAGACUGUGACACACUCAGCAGAUCUACUGGUUGUUGAGAAUCUGAAGGAGCCAGUAGUUAGUGUAGCAGCAGGACUCCGACACUCACUUGCUGUUACUGGCUCAGGCUGUGUUUAUCAGUGGGGAACUGGUCUUUUCAGUUAUGCAAAGAGAGCAUUCAGUCCACAUGCUGUCCCAUCUCACUUUAACUCUAAGGUGCCCUGUCUGGUACCAGGUCUGGAUCAAAGAAUAUCACACCGGGUAACUGCAGGGUCAGCACACUGUGUGUGCCUUACAGGAGAUGGCGAUUUGUUUCUGUGGGGAAGCAACAAGCAUGGUCAGCUGACCACCACAGAGCCCUUCCUGUCUUCUCCCACUCUUCUGAAGCGAUCUCUGCUGGAUGGAGAAAAAGUGAUAAAUGUGUGGAGCGGCUGGACUCAUAAUGUUGCUCAGACAGAGAGCGGGAGAGUGUUCACAUGGGGAAGGGGAAAUUAUGGACAGCUGGGCCGUCAAAUAUCAGCCAGUGAGGACACAGAGCAGCAGCCAGCUGGCCCUGCGGCACAAGGUGGCACCCAGGAGGUUGGACUCCCUGCAGAGGUUGAAAACCUUUGUGGUGCAACACAGAUUUGCUGUGGAUCAGAACAUAACCUUGCUACUGUAGGGGGAAGUCUCUUCUCGUGGGGCUGGAAUGAACAUGGAAUGUGCGGAGACGGCUCGCAGGCCAACGUCUUUCAUCCACAGCUCGUUCCUGGUCUAAGACCUGUUCUCAUUGGCUGCGGAGCCGGACACUCCAUGGCAGUUUGCGCUGCAACGACCGGCACAGAAAGAAAUUCUGCACCACUCGAGUAACGCUGGAGCAGGGACAUUUAUUCUGCAUGACAAUCAGAGGCUAUAAAAAGCGAAUGCUUUGGGGAGUUAA